CGUUAAGCGAUAUCAAACCUGGAUUUCAAAGUGUAUCUUUCAUUAUUCUACUAGUGCAUCAAGUUUGUACUUUAUGCCGAUCAUUAGUGUGGUUAAAAAUCCAACAAUUCUGUGAUUAUGGGACCAUCAAGACGAUGAGGAAAUUAUCUUGACGAACAAAAACCACAAAUAAAGAUGAUCAGGGGUGCCCAAUCGACUCCCCUCUACUCCGGCUACCUCCCCCAUUCCCCCUACCUAAAACGACCAUCCCCUACCGGCAGCCCUGUAUCGAAACGACCAUGCUACGACCACGAGGAAUACCAGAGAGACACCAUCUUCUGCUGUUGUUACACCUGCCCGGACAAAAACAAGAGCACGUCUCUCCUGGUCACCUUUGGCGUCUGCUGUCUCGUCCUCAUGUACACGCUGUUUGGCGCCGUGGUGUUCAUGGCGCUUGAGGGGGGGUUCCGGGAGGAGUCUGUUCUUGGCACCUCAAAAUCCGCGCAGAAUGAGGAUAGUUUGGUGGGCGUGUUGAGGACUCAGACGGUCGAACGGUUGUGGAGUAUAACGGAGAAUUUGAACAUCCUGUAUAAGGAGAACUGGACUAGGUUGGCGGCGGAGGAAGUGAUGAUGUUUCAGGAGUCGUUGUUUAAAGUGUUGAACGACUACGAGGGGAAUCUCAACCAUCUGGGGUAUCCACAGGCGCACAAAUGGAGUUUCAGCUCUUCGUUCCUGUAUUCUCUCACUCUUAUAACAACAAUAGGUUAUGGUCCAGUAUCACCAAAAACCUCAUGGGGAAAGAUGGUAACCAUAAUCUACGCCUUAGUGGGCAUCCCCCUGAUGCUUCUCUACCUCUCUACCACCGGGGAUGUUCUAGCUAAAAGCUUCAGGCGUCUCUACGGAAAACUGUGUGGUAGAAGCCUGAGGAAGUUGCCUUGUUCCUGUGCAGAUAUGGUUAGAGUUCCUGUGAGCUUAUGCGUGGUCAUACUGUUAGCCUACAUCUGUACUGGAGCCUUACUCUUCAGUAGGCUGGAGGACUGGAGCCUAUUGGAAGGAAGUUACUUCUGUUUCGUAUCGUUAGGUACCAUUGGAUUUGGUGACUUGUUACCAGGAAGAAACGCCGAUGAGAUAUCUUUAUGUGCCUGUUCUGCCUAUAUACUGACAGGAAUGGCGUUGGUUGCCAUGUGUUUCAGUUUGGUACAAGAUGAAGUUAUCGCUCUUUUUCGAUUCAUCGGCGCUUCGUGCUCGAGGGCUAACUCGGCGUCUCAGCGCAAAGACGCCGAGGCGUCUGGCGAGGGCUCCUGACAGAGACCGUUGACGGAGGGAGGAGCGGCGCCCAUAAAAACUCCCCCGAUGAUGAAGAA